AGAGGCAGCGGCAGCCGGAGCCACAGCUGCAGGAUCCAGAGGUGGGCCUGGAAGGACUCAAAAGGGACAGAGCAGCCACCCUCGAGAGACAGCGAGAGCAGAGGUGGUGGCAGAGCAGGAGGCGGCAUUGCCACAUCUGGCGGCUGAGGAUGCUGUUGGCGACAUUCAAGCUGUGUGCUGGGAGUUCCUACAGACACGUGCGCAACAUGAAGGGACUGAGGCAGCAGGCGGUGCUGGCCAUCAGCCAAGAGCUGAACCGCAGGGCCCUAGGGGGCCCUACCCCCAGUGCGUGGAUUAACCAGGUUCGCCGUCGGAGUUCUCUACUUGGUUCGCGGCUGGAAGAGACCCUCUACAGUGACCAGGAGCUGGCCUACAUCAAACAGGGAGAGGAGGCCAUGCAGAAAGCCCUGGGUAUCCUCAGUAGCCAGGAGGGCUGGAAGGAGGAGAACCAGCAGGCGAACGGGGACAAAGUGCUGAGCAAAGUGGUGCCGGAGGUGGGCAAGGUGUUCCGACUGGAAGUGGUGUUGGAUCAGCCCAUGGACAGGCUCUACGAAGAGCUGGUGGAGCGCAUGGAGGCAAUGGGGGAGUGGAACCCCACUGUUAAGGAAAUCAAGGUCCUGCAGAAGAUUGGGAGGGACACGAUCAUCACCCAUGAACUGGCUGCUGAGGCAGCAGGAAACCUCGUGGGUCCCAGGGACUUCGUGAGCGUGCGCUGUACCAAGCGCCGAGGCUCCACCUGUGUGUUGGCUGGCAUGGCCACCCACUUCGGAGAGAUGCCGGAGCAGAAAGGUGUCAUCAGGGCUGAACACGGGCCCACCUGCAUGGUGCUUCACCCCCUUGCUGGAAAUCCCUCACAGACCAAACUCACCUGGCUGCUCAGUAUAGACCUCAAGGGGUGGCUGCCGAAGACCAUCAUCAACCAGGUCCUGUCUCAGACGCAGGUGGACUUCGCCAACCACCUGCGCAAGCGUCUCGCGUCCAGCUCCGCCUGAGGCGGGUAUGGAAGGCCACCUGCCGAUCCCUGCCUCAGCGCAGCCGGAGGCCCAUGCGGCCAGCCAGGUGGCCUAGGCCCGUUCAGGAUUUGCAUUCAGAGGGCAGUGGGAUGGGACUGUGUAGAGUGGAACUUUAGGAUUCAAACUGGUCCAA